AUGUCAUUAAGAUUAGUUCCAGAUAGUAAUUUUAGUGCCACCAUCAACCCAACUGAGUUUGGAGAAAAAGCUGCCCAUGCUCCAGGAUUACAAGAUGUGUUAAGAAAUCAAGAAGGACCAGCCAAUUUAGCAUCUAAAAUUAACAAUCGUCAUCCAUUAGAAGGAAGAGUACAAAAUUGGGAUGCCAAUGAACAAAAUACCAGAAUGGAAAGUUACAGAAGAAUCUUUGGUGCUGGGGAACCAAUUAAAAGAACCAUGGAAUUAAAAAUCAUUGAUGAUUUAGAAUUCAGACCAAGUAUUAUGGGAGCCUCAAGUGAUUUACAUAAAGAUAUCUUGUUAAAUAAAGAUGCUUCAGUUGACUGGGAAGAUGUUUACAAACAUGAUAUUAAUGAUGGAUAUAAUGCUAAAGAUUUCCAUAGUGAGAUGGAAAAGAAAAUGGGUAUAUAG